AUGGCGGCAAUUGGCAUGCCCCCCCACAUUUUGGCGUUGUUUCAGGCACGCCCUCCCUUGGAACCGUUUCCAGCCUUCAAGAAAAAGCAUACUCGCGGAUACGUCGGCCUUGCCGAUUACGUGAACAAAUUUGAGAGCGGACCUCCCCCUCCAACAGUACCAUACGAAACUCCUAAGCAGCGUCUGCUUCGUCAGAAGCGGGAGCGGCUCCUCUCGCAUCUGUCGAAGCAGAAGGAACUCAUAAAGCAGUACAACCCGAAGGAAGACAAAAAGUUAACGGGUGAUCCUUUUCGAACUCUCUUCGUUGCCGGCAUCAGCUACGAUACAACGGAGAAGAAACUGAAGCGAGAAUUCGAUCAGUAUGGCAGCAUCAAGAGGGUGCGGCUCAUCUACGACCGAAACGGCAAACCUCGGGGGUACGGCUUCAUUGAGUUCGAGAACGACAGAGACAUGAAAGAGGCGUACAAGAACGCAGACGGGAAAAAGAUUGACGGCCGGCGCGUCUUAGUCGAUGUGGAAAGAGCGCGCACUGUCCCUGGAUGGCUACCGCGCCGGCUAGGCGGAGGGCGUGGCAAGCCUCGGGGCACGAACACGAAACCGAAGAAGCCCCCAAUGACUGCUGGGCAUCUCCAGCUCUCCCUGUUGCCUCCGUUACCCACUCCUCCUGAUCCUGCGACGCUCAUGGAGAAGAAAAGACGCGAUGAAGAACGCAGGAGGGAGAGGGAGAGAGAGAGAGAGCGGGGCCGCAGCCGAAGCCGAGAACGCCGGGACCGGAAACGGUAA